CCACGAUUUAUCGCAGUCGAAAGAUUUGGCAGCGAGGCACGUCCGCCUCACUAAAUAGAAUUUUGUGUACUAUGUAGUUGUUGCAGUCGAAGCAUUGCAUAGUAAGCAAUAUUGAAUUUCUACGAUUUCUACAUAAAAGAAUUGAAUCUGGAAAUUAUAGUUUGUGUCACUUCGACUAAAUCCAUUCUUAGCAGCUUUUGUUUUUGAAUUUGAAAUCCUGAGUUUCAGUUUUAAAGAAAAUGCGUAUCACGGUUACUACGCUUUCUGAUGACAUAUUUAACCUCGAUGUAUCUGAGGAUUUGGAACUAGAAAAUUUCAAAGCGUUUUGUGAAGUUGAAUCCGGUAUUCCUGCGGUAGAAAUACGCUUGGUUUACAAUGGAAAAAUUAUGGAAGAUGGUUCAAAGAGUUUAAAGAAUCAUGGCUUAAAAGAGGGUGAUGUUGUUGUCAUACAGAGGCAAAAAAUUACCACCAGUCAUCAACAAGAACCUCCUCUGAAUUUGGAUUUCAGUGCAAUACAGGUACCAUCAUCUUCCAGAGGCAAUAGAAAUACCAGUCGAGGCAACGAAAAUGACCCAGUCUUCAUCCGAGACAUGUUUCUAGCAAAUCCUGACCAACUUGCUCAGCUUAAGCAGAAUAACCCUCGUCUUGCUGAUGCUCUGUUAUCUGGAGAUUUAGGCCGUUUCACUACAGUACUGCGUGAGCAGGAAGCGGUUAGAGCAGAACGGGAGAGACUACGAAACCUGAUGUCCCGCGCUGAUCCUUUUGAUGCCGAAGCACAACGGCUGAUUGCAGAUGAAAUUCGCCAGAAAAAUAUUGAAGCUAAUAUGGAAGCAGCUAUCGAAUAUCAUCCCGAGUCGUUUGGCACAGUUGUUAUGCUUUAUAUAAAUUGCGUAGUAAAUGGACACCCGGUUAAAGCUUUCAUUGAUUCUGGAGCUCAAACCACCAUAAUGUCAUCAGCCUGUGCUUUGAAAUGCGACAUCCAUCGUUUAGUUGAUAGCCGGUGGGCUGGGAUUGCCAAAGGCGUAGGAAUUCAACGUAUUGUUGGGCGCAUCCACAUGGUUCAGAUUCAAAUCGGAGAUGAUUUUUUACCCACCUCGUUUUCAAUUUUGGAGGAACAACCUAUGGACAUGCUAUUAGGAUUAGAUAUGCUUAAACGCCAUCAAUGUCUAAUAGAUUUGAAACGUAACCUUUUGGUCAUUGGAACUACCGGAACCGAAACCCCUUUCUUGUCCGAAAAUGAGCUUCCCGACUGUGCUCGAUUGUCUGGUCCACGAUCUGAAGUCGAGUCGUCAUCAGCUGUCGAAAUGGAAGAUCGUGAACUCGCAAAGGCCCUUCAAGAUUCAGCAACUCCUGAUCCCAGUAAUCAACAUCCAAUCGAAAAAUUCACCGAGAAACAAAUUCAAGAGUUGGUAUCCAUGGGUUUUCUGCGUACACAGGUAAUUGAGGAACUAAGAAGAUUCGACGGAGAUGUCACUCAGGCUACUGCCGCAUUGUUCGCAAAAUCUUUCAAAUUUUAAUUUAUUUCGUCAACAUGUAUUUCCAAUAUUUUCUCCCUUCUUUCGACACGAUACAACAUAUCGGGAUUUUCACAGUAAUCUUAGAAGCGUUUGUUGCAUUCAAGACGUGGAUUGUUGGUGAAAUCUUUAGUAGUCUGCCGCAGAAUAAGAUAAAUAGUCUUUGCGCCCGACGGCGGAGACUUGUUUGUUGCUUUCGGCUUCUAGUUUCGGACACUGGGUAAUCCGAUGACCAAGACCACCGCAAUAGCUACAACCUUUAUCACCUGUAAACGAAAAGCAACAUUUUAGAAGACUCCAGUUUGAAAGUCAUAAAUAAUUACCUCCAAGAUCUUGGAAAACUUCAGUUUCCGAUUGCAGAGUUGCCAAAAACGGAGGAACCUCCUGCUUUGCUUCGAUAAGUAAGUGUUUGAGAUCAAGUAAAACGGAUUCUUCGUUCGAUUUGUUAAUAAAGGUUGUCGCUUGACCUUUGUUACCUGAACGACCAGUACGUCCUAUUCGAUGCACUGAAGGGUUCAGGUUAAAAUGGAUGUAAACAACAACCAAUUAUCUUUAGAAAUACCGUAAUUCUCAAUGUCAUCGGGCAUGUCAUAAUUUAUAACAUGUUGAAUGUUGAUGAAAUCUAACCCUUUAGAGGCAACAUCGGUAGCAACCAACACAUCCUUUAUUCCUUGUCUGAAGGCGUCGACAGCGCGAGAUCGCUCUUCCUGAUCUAAAUUUAAAGGGUUAGACCAAAAUCAAGAUAAAGAUUUUCUGGUUGCUUGCACUACCUUUGCUUCCGUGAAUGGCCACAGCUUCAAUUCCCUUUAAUAACAAAUAUUCAUGUAUUGCAUCCACGUCCUGCUUUUUCUCGGCGAAAAUCAACACCGGUGGUUGAGUCUUUUGAAUGCACUCUAACAAGUGGACAAUCUUGGCUUCCUGAUUAACAUAUUCUACUUCCUAAGCAGAAGGAAGGAAUUAAAAAGAUGUAGCAAUGCACAAACAUCGAUAUUUACUUGAAUGACGUUCAUGCUAGCUGCUCCUGCUCUCCCAACGUUAAUAGUUAUAGGCUUGACUAACGCCGAACGAGCGAAGUUCUGGAUUUUCUUGGGCAUAGUAGCACUGAACAACAAAGUUUGCCGUUGACCCUAUUUUUAUUAUUAUUAUUAUUAUUAUUUUUUUUUUUUAAGUAAGAGGAGUAGUUUCAAUAAUUUCACGUAAAAAAAAAAAAAUAAAAUAAAAUAAAAGUAGUAUAAAUGCUAAUUACCUUGAAGUAGGAAAAAAUAGUACGGAUAUCUUCUUCGAAUCCCAUGUCAAUCAUGCGAUCAGCUUCAUCCAUACAUAGAUAUCGGCAUACGUCUAAUUUAAUCAUUUUCUUAUCAAGCAUGUCCAUUAGGCGACCAGGUGUGGCAACUAUGAUAUGUACCCCUCUAGACACAAUUUUUUUUUUUUUUACUUUCAGGAAAAUGUUUAACUGGAAACAUGCUGUAUGCUAAUCUAUAACCUGUUAAUGAUUUCUAAGGACUGGUUAACUGGUGUUCCACCAAUAAUUAGACACGACUUUAUUCUUGGCAUCCCAUGCUGGCUCAAACAAUCGGCAAAAUGUUCGACUGUUUCGAGAAUUUGUUUUGCCAACUCACGAGAUGGGCAUACUAUCAACCCUACAAUCGAAAGUUGUGAUCAUACAUAAUUGGAAUUGUGCAACUUUAAGAGCAACGUACCAAAAGGACCUUCGUUAGGCAAAAAUGGCAUUUUUAGUUCCUGUUCCAAACUGAAAACAACUAUAGGUAAUACGAACACAAGGGUUUUUCCACUACCGGUAAAGGCUAUGCCGAUCAUGUCUCUGCCGCUCAACCUGGAAAACAUCGAAGUAUGUUUUUUGUAAUGAGACAGAUAUAUUUUGAAAUGUGUUCAACUCACACAGUUGGCAAUCCUUGGAUUUGAAUUGGAGAGGGUUGUUUGAUUCCUUUUUUCUGUAGCCCAACUAAAAUUCCCUUGGGAAAUUUCAUGGCAUUAAAUGAAGGUAUAGGAAGAGGUACAUCUUCUCCUUCAACGGUAAUGCUUAAUUUCCCUCUAAGUAUAUCAGGGUAAUCUCUUGGCAUGUUCAAAAUACAUCUUGGAGGUGUCCAGCUGAUCAGCAAAAAAAUUAUGUUUUAAAGAUUCAAGUCUACUAGAUAAGUUUUUACCUUGUUUUUAUAGGAUCUUCAUACUGGAUACCUCUAGCCAAUUCUGCAACACCCAUUAGAGCAGUUUUUUCUGCAAUGCUCUCAAGGAUUUUUUCUUCUUCUUUUAAUUGUUUCUCAAAAGCACUCUCUUUUUUAGCUAUGAGACACACACAACAGGUGAAUGAACACAAUGAACACAACAACUAUAAUGAAAAUAAGAUAAAUUUUUUUAUUGUACCUUGGGCAACUUUUUUCAGUUCUGUAUGUUGACUUAGUAGACUUAUGUUUGACUUUCUAGCAACACUUUGCAGAUCCUCUUCUUCUUCAUCAUUACAUUCAUUUUCACUGGAUGAUUUUGCUUUAAGAUCCGCAUCAGCUUUGACCUUAUAAACCCACAGAUGUCAGAUGAAUAAGAAUGAUAUAUAAAUAAGUCACUAUGUACUUGUGAGAUCCUGCCCAAUUUUGUCAAUUUUUGCUUCUUUCUCUCUUUAACUGGAACAUAAGGGACGUAAUCGUCAUCCUCAGGCGGGCUCUCUUCUUUUGUCUCCUCGCCUCCUUUGUACCUCUUAUGAUCAACACGUUCAACAUUACCUAAAAAUUCUAAUUCCUAUGCUCCAAAAUUUCAUUUACCUUUAAACUGCGUUUUGAAGAUUCUGAUUCCAUUGUAAAGUAUGUGCAAACUAAUUCAGGUACUUACGUACAAAUACGAAAGUUGUUGUGAGUCGUGGCAGCGCUGCCAAAGUACUAUUUAGGAGUUAUUAAAAUUUACGGAUUACAGUAUUGAAAUCUAUGAGUAAUGACUAUUAAUACUGACUGGGUGUAUCAUUCAAACGGAUUUAAAUUUUUUUUUGCCUACUUCUGGUUUUUUUUAGAAGUGGACAGGUAAAUUAUUCACACCGCUAGCCCUCUAAGGGUGCCAUGCAUCGUUGCAUUAUUGUUGAACAUAGUGUCAACAGUGAAUCCUAAAACUAGAAUCAGGAAUGGCGUCUUGUAAUAAAUAUACACGAGGUACGUUUUUACGUAUUUUAACGAUUGCAUGACUCUUAAGAGUUUCGUAGGCUUCAUGUCUGCUGUGUUUCUCCAUUGAUUUAGAUUCAAAAACUGUGGAGCCUAAAGAAGCACGUUCGUUAAAGCGUGCUGGUGAGCGUAGUGAUGAAGAGGACAACAAAGAUGCUUUAAAAAAAUCAAAACAUAUUGUUGAUUUGAAAGCACCCAUAUCACAUAAUAAAGGCUUGACAAUCAAACUGAAACAGCCUGCUACU